AUGGACUUGUUUACUACUGUCCAGGGAACAGUAGCUGCUAUCGGUAGUAUUGACUACUCUCAAAAGGAUGAGCCUUACGUUCUUAGUGAAGACGCACUCACAUGUUUAAAAGAUAUCAAGCGGUGGCUGCGUCUUAUUGAUGAGAAGUACGACACUUUCGAGGUCCGUUAUGUUCUGGCAAAACUUUGCCUUGUAAAAAAAGACUUGUUUUCAAUCUUGUCUUCUUGGGAUGGGAACUUCAGAAAUCCAAAGAGUUGGAGAAUUGCACUUGGCUGUUUAGAAAUUCUUGUUCCAUUGACAUGGCCUUUGGAGACCGAUGAAAACACUUCUCGUGAAAAUUGGGAGAUGCUCCCAAACCUCAAACAAGCUCAAGAGGACUACAAGACUCUUAUUAUUGAUCAUCCUAAAAAUAGAGUGAUUAAGUCCAUUUUGGCCGUUUUACUUCGUCCUCUUUCAACUUCCUAUGAAAAACGAACGGAUCGAGACAAUGGCAUCAUUCGCAUUAUUACUUAUCUGUUCAGGAAUCUUUCGAGAAUCGAUGAAAUUAAAAGUCGCUCGGAAACCCUACUUUCGUUUUCAUCAAGUCAUAUUCUUGAUUUUAUAGUCACUGCGUGUUCCAGUAUUGCUGAGUUCCAGGAACUAGACGUGGUUUUUCUCGAGAUAAUUUACUAUUUAAUUCGCGGUAUAGCUCCGAAAGUUAUAUUCACAAGUGAGGAAUCUGCCAAAAACCAGUUGAACAAACUUCUUCAAGAUGAACUGCGCUCGAAACGGAUCAACAGUAAAAACUCGACUACAAGACAUACCCGUUUUGGUACAAUGACCUCCAUAGUAUCAAGCGAUAAUCGCCGUUAUACUGUUACUGGGCAAAACAUGCAAGGGACGGGAUUGGAAAAGCUUGACUCUACUAAAAAGUACAGAAGAGCAAAACGAAAAAAGAACAAUGUAGAUGACAUAGACAAAUCCGUACAAAUUUCUGCAGAUGCAAAAACUGUUCUGCGCGGCUUUGUCACGACAUUCAUGGACUCGAGUUUUAACCCACUUUUUGAGAGUUUGCUUCGGGCAAUGGAGCGAGAAGAACCAAGGUUUCUAGAAAUUCAUAGGCUGUACUACUUUUAUGUGCAGUCAUUCUUCCUCGAAUGCUUGAUACUAAAAGACCCUGUAAAGUCGGGUGUUUAUUCAAAUGAUUAUGCAUACGGUCUAGUCGCUUCUGUUCUCGAUCCUCGAGCCUUAAUUAUGCUGCAGCGUGUGUUAAGGGAGGCUUUCGAACUGAGACAAUGGCCGCUUUUUCAAGCUGGACUACUCGCCUUCACAAAAGUGAUUACCACUAUUCAUUCAAUGUCUUUAAGUUCAGAAAAAGAGUUUCAGGACAUAGCUGAUAACAUGCUCAGUAACUUAUUCUAUGAAGAAAGCAACCUGGAACUCGUUGUAUCUGUCCUAAAGUCGUACCGAUUGCAAUCGUUUGGUUUCUUAAAUGCCCUUACAGAGUUUGUUACCGUGCUUUUAAAGGAACUUGAGUUGUUUUCGAGUGCAAAACAAUAUCUCUAUGUGAAGAGAAGACGGAAAAAACAAAACAGAGAGAAGUCUAAUUUGGACAUUGUCGAGGAAGAAAAAUUGGAGAUUGAACAGGCCGAUACAAUUGAACAGGAUCGGCUUUUCAGCUUCAACGCGUAUGAGGCACGCUUUUGUCACGAAGCUUGUGUGAAUACAUUUCUUACAUUUCUGUAUCAUUAUCGAGAACUAUCUCCUGUACAGAUUCUACGUGUCAUUACGUUUUUUCACAGGAUAUUUGUUCGCCAAAAAUGUCAAGUUCUACUUUACCGUUUAGACAUUCUGCGUUUAUUUGAUAGAAUUUCUGACGAUUAUGUAGGAUUUCCGCGGAGUAAUCCAGCUAGACAAGAGUUUGAAGCUUUUUAUCGCUAUUACGCAAAAAAGCUUACGGACAAUUUGAUGCGGGUUCCCGCAUUAUAUACCGAACUUUUGUUUCCCAAAAUUUCCGGCACGAUGUAUUAUUUACAGCACGGAGAAGAUCCUGCGAAGGACAAUCAUGUCUCUCGCCGGGGUGCUUUAUACGAGCUUGUUCCUGGUCUCACUUAUGAGCAGCAAAUUGCUGUUUGUGUUGCAGUUCUCAUUAACGAGCAGAAGACUGAACUGUUGGAUGAACUUAAAACAUCCAUUGGUAUUGCGAUGAAUGAGAGAAAAGCGUGGGAGCAGCGUAUACUAGCACUUAACACAGAAGCACCACCUGAUGAUGAGUUCAGAGACCCUUUAGCAGUACCUGUCUUUUACUUAAAGGGCGAGACAGAGGCCUUUAGAAAUGCUCAAUUGAAAGAUGAAUUCCAAGAACCCAUUGAUCCUCGUCACCCAGAAGACCCUUGGUUCCUCCCUUCAUCGAUUACAUACGAAAAGCUUUCCGAAUACUCACAAUUGUUGAAACGAUUUACUGAGCAGCCACCUGUUUUCGAAGGCACAACAGCAGAAGCACUGCUUAUCAAAAAACCUAGGGGACAUGUCAGACUUCCUUCUCCCGACAACUCUGAAGACUCAGACUCAGAGGAUGAAAACAAUGAGUUUGAGCCUGAUGAUCCAAUCACGUUUGCUAACCGAAAACAAACUCUUAAACUCAAACCAGUAAAGAGAAGAAGGGAAAUUUCGGAAGAAGAACUUGUCAAACGUAAGGAACAGAAGGAGAAUAAGGAGAAGGAAAAGAAGUCUGCCAUAAAAAGCAGUAAAUUUGUCGUUGAUUCUGAUGACGACCCAGAGGCAGAUGCCGCUUUCUUUGCUGCAGAAGAGGAGCUUCGCAGGCGAAACGCUCUUCGCGGCAAGACAAAUAACAUCAGCACUGCGAUAACAGGUACAGAUUUCUCACUGCUGGACAGUUAUUCACUCGACAAUGCAUCUUCUGAUGAGAUGAACGAUGAAACACUUGGAUUAUCAAGGAAACGAAGUAGGGUAUCCAAGAUUAUUGUCGACGAAAGUGACGAGGAGUGA